AUGUUUCUACAAAAAUCAUUUGUGCGAUUAUAUUCUCUUAAUGCAUUGAAAUCAACUUCACGGUUCAAUUGGAAAAGACAUAAAGUGAUAUAUGGGUUAUCUUGCGGGGCUCUAUCGUUCUCAAUAUAUAUGGCGUAUAACUCACUGUCUCGAUUCAAUGAUUCUCCAAACCUGUCAACUGAUCAUUUUACAAAGUAUAGAAUUAGCUACAAGAAAGACAUUGAUGAAGAACAUUUUUUAUUAGAAUUGACACCUAUCUUGACACAGAAUCAGAAUUUGUGGCAGAUAAUAGGAUCUACAAAAAUUUGGUCAGUAGAAAUAAAACAACCUGAAAUUAUGGUUGUUAGAAACUAUACUCCCUUGCCGUUUUAUUUUGAUGCUUCUGCAGGCCAGAUACAGUUGCUGAAAGAUGGAGAGAAUGCCGAUGGUAAACUAAUGUUCUAUUUAAAACAAUAUAAAAAUGGUGAAGUUGCAAGAUGGAUACAUGGUCUUGGUAUUAACGAUACCGUGGAGUUGCGAGGACCUUAUAUAGAAUACGAAUUCCCAAAUCCUAACCAUGAGAUGAAGAGAGAUAGAAAUAUAUUAAAGGAUCUAGAAAAAACUACUCAUGCAACUGAACAAAAGCAAAUAUUCAAAUACGAACCACUGAAUAUUCUAAUGUUUACAGCAGGUACAGGUGUAGUACCUGCUUUGCAGUUGCUCUUGACAGAAUCUCCAUUUUAUGGAACUAUGCAUCUUUUCCAUUCCUGUAAGACCAAAUCAGAAUUGGGACCUCUUUCUAAAUAUUUAGACGUCCUUGAUAAACAAAAUAGAAUAAAACUGCACAUGCAUGAAUCUAGUAAGGGCGGAAACAUCAAGGAUGUCAAUAUCAAGGAACUGCUAAACCAAAUCCCAGAACCAGUUCCAUAUAAAGAAAUGAAAUCGAAUGGACCUCACAAUAAUAAUACUAACCCUUCGUUAGCGUUGGUUUGUGGACCUGAUUCAUUCAUCACAACAGUUGCUGGUGAGAAAUACGAUUUUUCGCAGGGACCAGUUGGCGGUCUAUUGAAGGAAAAAGGCUGGGACAAUCAAAAUGUAUAUAAAUUUCCAUAA